CAUUUUUCUCUUCUCAACAGUAUCUACUUAAAACCUUCUUGUGCAAAAGUUUAACUCAAACAUGGCACCAAGGGCUAUGGGAACAUCAAGUAUUCCAGAACAAAAGCUGCAACAACUCGAAAAGGCGGUCGCAGCCAUGGAAAUGGCGAAAGCUUCAAGCUCUAUAACAAGCACAAGAGAGUCAUCAAGUUAUAGCAUAGCUAAGGAGAAAGAGGGUAUUCAUGGUGAUGAUGAUAACAAAGGAUGUUGUACUCCAAAGGGUAAGAGACAUAGGAUACCAGAGUUGUUAUCUUGUCCACCACCUCCAAAGAAGAGAAAGGUAGCAACUUCAAGCUGCACAUUCAAUAAAAGAUCUCCUAUAGCUUUUUUCUCUCCCCCUGAUCUUGACCUCUUCUUCUUUUUUGCUUUUAGGAAUAGUAGUUGCUAGAAAUUUAUUAUGCUUUAUUAUAGUAUAGAGUUGAGAUUUGAGAAGAGGUUUCUGAGUUUUGUACUGUAUUUAUAUUAAUAUAAUUACUCUCAUAAUAUAGUUUAAUUACUUUGUUAGCUUUUAAUUGUCUAGUUUGUGCUAGAUUGUAAGCUUUGAUCGAAUGGAUACCAUAUAUUUAAGAUGAAUUUCAUUAUAAGGUU